UUCCUUCUUUGAAGGAGUCUUCCCUCCUUGGUAUAUUGCUUCAGGUGCAAUUCUGCAAAUCUCCCAAGUUUUAUCCAUUUUCGAUGCUCUCCAGUUUCGCUCACCUCUAGAUAUGAGCUUCAGGAGUUGUAGUCCUCCAUGUUUAUGGGAGCUCCGCCAAUUUAUGUUCUAUAUAACGAGUGAGAGUAAAGUUACUGAAAUUGCGCGCAUGUAAGAACUUUUAGCUGGCUCAUAUCUUCAGCUCUUUUAGACAAUCGCCUUGAGCACAGAAGAUAGGAUGGAACUUAGCCAGGUUCUUGCCUCUGACGAGAAAGCAAAACAUUUUCCUUUAACACCUUUCAGAAUCCUCAGGGGUGUGAUAUGUUUAGCGAUUCUUCUUUCAACCGCAUUCAUUUGCUUAAUUUAUUUCGCACCAAUAGCAGCUGUUCUCUUGCGCUUCUUCAGCACACAUUAUAGUAGGAAAGUAGUGUCAUUCCUCUUUGGUCUUUGGCUUGGAUUGUGGCCGUUCUUGUUUGAAAAGAUAAAUGAAACCAGAGUGGUCUUUUCUGGAGAACAUGUUCCACCACAAGAACGUGUUCUGCUGAUGGCCAACCACAGAACAGAAGUUGAUUGGAUGUACUUGUGGGAUCUUGCAUUGCGGAAGGGAUGCUUGGGUCACAUCAAAUAUCUACUUAAGAAAAGUUUGAUAAGAUUGCCAGUCUUUGGAUGGGGAUUUCAUGUGCUGGAGUUCAUCCCACUCGAGAGAAAAUUAGAAGUGGAUGAACCAGUUAUAAGACAGAUGGUUUCGACUUUUACCAAUCCUCAGGAUCCACUUUGGCUGACCCUUUUCCCCGAGGGAACUGAUUUCACUGAGCAGAAGUGCAAAAGCAGCCAAGAGUUUGCUAUCAAGAAUGGAUUACCUGUUCUAAAGAAUGUACUGCUUCCUAAGACGAAAGGUUUUUAUGCAUGUUUGGAAAUAUUAAGGAGCUCCUUGGAUGCAGUUUAUGAUGUGACUAUCGCAUAUAAGAAUCAGUGUCCAACUCUAUUGGACAAUGUUUUCGGCGUGGAUCCUUCUCAAGUACACAUUCAUAUCAGACGCAUUCCCAUAGAGGAGAUUCCAGCAUCCGAAAAGGAGGCAUUUGCAUGGUUGAUGGAGACAUUUCAGUUGAAGGAUCAGUUACUCUCUAAUUUUAUUGCAAAUGGUCAUUUCCCUAAUGAAGGAACCGAAGAAGAACUCUCUACAGCAAAAUGCUUGGUCAAUUUUACACUAGUAAUUGCUGUUAGUGGAAUACUUGCAUUCUUUACAUUUUAUUCAUUCAUCUGGUUCAAAAUAUAUGUAGGUUUGUCUUGUCUAUACCUUGCUUCUGCUGCUUACUUCAAUUUUAGACCACAACCUCUUCUUGGUUGUACUAAUGAAAAGCCUUGGUGCAGAAAAAGUUCAUAGAAUGAAAAACCAGCACAAGGUAAUAUUGAUGAUGAUUUUGAAUUGCAUUCUUCAAAUUCUUAACAAUAUUCGUU